AUGGAGCCCUGCAGAGUCCUGGCUCUGUGCACCAGCGUCCUGGCCCUGACCUGCCUGCUGGUGGCUCUGAGCACCGACUACUGGUACCUGGUCAUCGGGGCACACUUCACGGCACACUCGGGCAUCUGGAGCAAGGAUCCCAGCGAAUCAGUGAGAGGCUCUGUCCGAGUGACACAGGGGUUCGGCGUGGUGGCGGCACUCUGGGGCGUGGUGGCCGUGGUGUUCCUCGGCAUGUCUUACAUCCCUGCCCUCUCGGCCCCUGGCCGGGGCCCCAUCGUCUCCUGCUUCACGGCCUUCGCCGCUGCCCUGUCCACAGUGGUAGCCUUGGCUGUCUACACCAGUAUGCGCUGGAGCCAGCCUACUCACGCCCAGAUCCAGAGUCUUUUCUCCUGGUCCUUCUACGUGGGCUGGACCUCCACCGUCCUGUUUCUCAUCACAGGAAGCCUGAGUCUGGGUGCCCACUUCCGCGCCCAUCAGACCAGCUACGACAACAUGUGA